GGGCGUCCCUUCCGUCCGGCCCGCGCCGGCGGCGGGGAGGCGGCGCGAGCGGCCCGUAGCCCACCCAUGGAGGCUUUUCCCUGGGCGCCCCGCUCGCCCCGCCGCGGCCGUGCACCCCCGCCCAUGGCGCUCGUGCCUAGCGCCCGCUACGUGAGCUCCCAGCGCCCAGUGCACCCGCAGCCCUUCAGCUCGUGGAACGACUACCUGGGGCUCGCCACACUCAUCACCAAGGCGGUGGACGGCGAGCCGCGCUUCGGCUGCGCCCGCGGCGGGGACGGCGGCGGCGAGGGUUCCCCGCCCUCCUCUUCUUCCUCGUCGUGCUGCUCCCCCCACGCUGGGGCCGGGCCCGGGACACUGGGGCCCGCGCUGGGGCCGCCCGACUACGACGAGGACGACGACGACGACGACAGCGACGAGCCGGGAUCCCGGGGCCGCUACCUGGGGGGCGCGCUGGAGCUGCGCACGCUAGAGCUGUGCGCGGACCCUGCCGAGGCCGGGCUGCUGGAGGAGCGUUUUGCCGAGCUGAGCCCGUUCGCUGGUCGCGCCGCCGCCGUGCUGCUGGGCUGCGCCCCCGCCGCUGCUGCCACCGCCGAAGUGGCGCCGCGCGAGGAGCGGGCCGCGGCGUGGGCGGCUGAGCCCAGGCUGCACGCCGCCUCCGGGGCGGCCGCCGCCCGGCUGCUCAAGCCCGAGCUGCAGGUGUGUGUGUUCUGCCGGAACAACAAGGAGGCGGUGGCGCUCUACACCACCCACAUCCUGAAGGGACCCGACGGGCGAGUGCUGUGCCCCGUGCUGCGCCGCUACACGUGCCCCCUGUGCGGCGCCAGUGGUGACAACGCACACACCAUCAAGUACUGUCCGCUCUCCAAAGUGCCGCCGCCGCCCGCCACCCGCCCGCCGCCGCGCAGCGCCAGGGACGGCCUGCCCGGCAAGAAGCUGCGUUGAGGACCCGGGCUCCGGUCUGCUGCUGCCACCUGACGCCACCAGGGUCGCCGCCUGCCCACUCUCGUAUUUGGUCUGCGCACUCUCUCUCCCUUGUUGCUGGGGAGCAUGGAGCUCAGCAGUUGGCUCAACUUGGGAUGUCGUCUUGGUUUUCUCAAAGGAAGCCGACGGUACUGAGUACUUUCCUGUCGAAGAGCGGUUGAGAGUAGACGCUAAAGUCUUGAUUUAUCUCUGGUUUGUGCACAUCCAGACGGUGAAGGCUGGGUAUUCCGCUAACUGAAAUGUGGCAACUUAGAGGCGCUGUUUAUUUAUACGUCGACCUAUUUUAGAUGCGCAUCAGUAUGAAAUUGUCUCAGUCUAAUCUUGGAUGUUUAAUUUUAUGAAUGGAGGCACUUUAUUAGGUCUAGAAUAUUUUUUUAAAAGCCUCUUAACUGAACUGGCGAUUUUAUGGAAUGUCAGCAAAAUGACUUUUAUUGUUUGAAACAAGUAAUAUUUCUGUUGUCCUUAAUCAGUUAUUAUAAUUCCAGGCGAAGCAAGCCCCCCUGCCUGGUAGCAUCAUUAAGUGAAGGCUUAGUAAACUUUCCAGUAUUAGUUUGGGUGGGUGUUCCCUCCUUGUGGCUUGUUUCUGUCCUAGCUGGAUGUAGCAGGUAGAAUACAGCUCCUUAUCCUUUUAUGUACCAGAUCUUUUAUUACUGAACGAGCAACUAGUGUUUUCCACCUUUAAAAGUCGUGCCAAGUUAUAAUGUUGUGUACACACUUGAAAAUGGUGCUGUUUAAAAAAACUUGUGCAUUUAUACAGUAUGUUAAUUCAUUAAUCUUGCCUUUAACUCUGGUACUUGGCCUUUUGUCUAUGCCCCCCACCCCAUUCCAGUUUUGCAAAACAUUUGUCAUCCUUCAGAUCAAAAGGGAGUAGUAUUAAUUCACUGUCUGAAUUGCUCAAUUUCAGGGUUCCUGAAUAGUGGAAAGCUCAUUCCAGCUGUUGCCUCUCAAACUAAAUGUAAGAUGGAAUCCUUUGAGCUCUGGAAGGUCAAUGUAAUAACCUGGGUUCAGGAAGGUUCCACUCUGGGCUGUGUUGGCUUUAAGCAUCAGAGGCAGUCCUCAAACUGGUAUAAGCACUAAUUAAAGGAACUAUU